UUACUUUAGUCGGGUUCACAUCAGUCAGUCGCGCGCCGCGGUCGGAACGGACGUGCCACACGCCAGCGCUCGCUCGUGCCGUGACAGACGCGUAGUGCCGUGCUCGCGCUCAUUAUACUAUAGUGUCCGUGUUAUAGUAUUGUACGAGUGAAGGCUCGUUUCAGCAUGCUUAUGGUACAAACCAACGCGCAGCCCAUGAAGACUAACAAAAUCAAAGGGCCACCUCCUGUCCCGCCCCGGCCCAGCCAGAGCUUGGUGGCCGAAGCUCUGGCCAAGACGAGAAAGGCCGUUACCGAGUCCAAAUCCAGCCUCUCCAAAUCCCGAGCUUCAUCCAAACAGGACUUGAACAAUUCCAAAAAAGCCAAAACAUUGGAUAGAACUUAUGCAGCGAGUCAACAGAUCGUGUCGCCGAAGCAAAAUGGUCUCGCCCGAGUCAAGUCCUUCAUCAGAGAUGUGAUCAGUGAUCGCAGCUCGUCCUCAGAUGAAAAGAAAUCUAGCGGCCAGAACUCUAGACGAAGUUCCAGUGAUAGCAAUUGUAUUCAGGGACCGACAUCCGUGAAGAGGUCGAAUGAAUCGUUGAAUUCUAAGGCAGUGAAAACUUGCAGACAAAUUUUAGUGCGAUCUCUUUCAACUUCGAACAAGUUAGAUCAAGAUUCCAAAUCCAAAGUUUCUAAGUCUUCUAGUUUUGCAGAGAAAACGUUGCCUUUGAGGAAAGCACCACCGCCGCCACUGUCACCUAAACCUAAGUUAAAACCAAUGAAACCUUUACCUGUAAAUAAAGCUGCACCAAACCAACAUAAACAAAAGAAAGAAUUGACGGAAGUUAGUCCGUAUUCCUUACCAAUAGACGCCAAAGCCGAAUCGAAUAUAGUUCCGGAAGCGCCGUAUGCAACAGUCGAUGAAGUUCAAGAAUUCGACGACAGAUUAAGAAAUAGCCCGUCGAGACAAAAUGAUUCGUUUGAUACUCAACAUGUUUAUAAGGAUUCUUCAGUGGAGGAUCCGAAUAAAAAUAACAAUUCUCUCGAACGUAAAACGUCUCGUGUUACCGAAAUGCUUAUAUCGGAAAUACUGGCAAGCAGAAACAAUAAUACGGACGAAGCGAACACAGUGAUAGACAAGGGUAAAGAUUCUUCUAUACUGUGUAACGGGAACGAUUCUCCUGAGAUCACAAAGGACAUGAACAAUCAUGAAAUGUUGAUAUACGAACUGCAGACGAUGCGGUCACAGUCUAACGUCCCUGAUGCUCUGGAGGCGGAUCCGAGCGAGGAGUGCGAAUCGGACUCGGAGCCCAACUACGCCAUGUGUUCAGUGACCAGUGAACAGACGGACGAUAUUUACGAACAGGCAUAUGCUUAUAUUGCUGAUGAUGAUCUCAAAUCCAGGCUCCGUAAGCAGUUCCGCGCGAUUAGUACGAUGUCGUUGUCGGGGCUGCCACCGCUGCCCAAAAGUCUGAGCGGGUUCGCGGACGUCGAGCCGGAUAUGUGCGAAUCCCCUACACACACUGAAGAUCCGCCUCCACAGGACCUUGACUCGCAGCUCACUUAUCUCAAGAAGGAAAUGGCCAGUCUACGUCAGUUGGACCUCUGCCUUCUAUCAGAGCUGUGGUCCCUAAGCGAAGCCAUGGCAGCCUGGCGAAGACAGCUGGAACGUGCGCCGCGUCUCCGCCCCGCGCCGCCGCCGCCGCCCCCGCACUACCUGCGCACCUAACUACCAAUAAAUUAUUGAACAAAUUA